AACAGACGGCAGAGCGUGACAGUGAAGUACAUGAAAUAUAGCUUACACACAAUAUUAGGGUGACAGAACUGACAGGAUAUAUUGCGAAACGAGGGAUCUGCUAGGGCAUGCGAUAAGCACUGGGAGUAUUCGGAGCACAACAACAUCAGCAAGAUUUUAAAGGUAUGCCAGCAGCUGCCAGCUAGGUGAGAGCGGUCCUUCUUGGCUUGAAUGCGACCCAAGGGCAGCUGGAUUAUGUCCACAGCAGGCCUGAGUGCACAGGAGUUCCCGGCAUCCCUGAAGAGUGCCUUCCUGCACGGCAGCCACUGCCUCAGCAUGGCUAGCGCCAAACCCUACUGGGACCAGCACCAUGACCUCAACAACUUGUAUUUUAGCCUCGAUUCUUCAGCCAUGGAAUACAACCUGAGAGUGCAGCACCAGGUCCCUGCAUCUAUGGGCUUUGAGCGACACGUGUCUCACCCCCAUUCCCCGCACAGUCCCGGGGCCCAGCGCUUGCCCCCCAAGAAAUCCCGCCCUGCCCAGCUCAACCUGUCCUCCUGUACGGAGCCCUCCAUGCCCAGCUCUCCGGAGGGUGACCAGGUCGUCCCCUCUUUCCAGCGACUGUCAGUGUAUGAGCGUACCCCCCCACAAACCCCAAGCCGGGGGACCAAGCCCCUGCCCCCCCUCCCCAGCCCGGCGGACCUGUCCUCUGACGAGGCGGUGGACAACGAGGUAGAGUUUUUCACCAGCGCGGACGAGAGCCGCUGCCUGGUCCCCGAGCCCUGCCCCAAGCCCCUGGCCUUCCGCUACGGGGCGCCCAGCCGGCGCAGUUUCCGCGGCUGCGGGCAGAUAAACUACGCCUACUUCGACAGUCCGAGUGCGCAGGAGCAGCGUACGCCGGAGUGUGAGCAGCAGCAGCGAAGGGAGCCGUCUGUGAAGGACUGCCCCAGACAGCAGGAGCGGCCCCAGCGGAGGCUCCGCCGCUCCCACUCCGGCCCCGCCGGCUCCUUCAACAAGCCCACCGCCCUGCGGCUGUCCUGCCACCAUCACAACAGCCACGGCCAGGACAAACCGGAGGUUCCUCCUCGCGUCCCUAUCCCCCCACGGCCUCUCAAGGCCGCGGACCACCGCCGCUGGUCGGCCGAGGUGCCCUCGGGGGGCUACAGCGAUGACGACAAACCCCCGAAAGUGCCCCCCAGAGAGCCCCUGUCCUCCGGCAGCUCCCGUACCCCCAGCCCCAAAAGCCUCCCCUCGUACCUCAACGGGGUGAUGCCUCCCACGCAGAGCUUCGCACCCAACCCCAAGUACGUCAGCAAGGCCCUGCAGAGGCAGAACAGCGAGGGCUCCACCUCUGCCCGCACCCCCUGCAUCCUGCCCAUCAUCGAGAACGGCAAGAAGGUCAGCACCACCCACUACUUCCUCCUCCCCCAGCGCCCCGUCUACCUGGACAAGUUUGAGAGGUUCUUCCGGGAGGCGGACUGCGAGGCGGCUGGUGAUUGCGCCUCCGCCUCCAGCACAGACUGGGAUUGUCAGACGAAGCACAAACCGCAUGUGCACAUGGUAUAGCUGUGAAGAAAAAAAACAAAAAACGAAACGGGCAGGACAGACUCUGAACGCUGAAGGAAGACAACCACUUGACUGAUGUUGCUUCAGGAUCUGAACACUCAUAACACUGCUGCUUGACUGUCUGAUCCCACAAGGAAUCUCAAGAGUGGAGAACUCCUUCAUCGUAAUGGGAUGUGUUUGAAAAUGGACGAACAAAAACAUUACAGGCAGUUUGUUAAAUGAUUUUUACCCUAACUGCACACCAGCUGGAGCUGUUGGGGACUAUUAUUAUUGUUGUCGUUGUUAUUAUUCUUUGAUGUUAGUCAAAAUGCAGUGAUGACACAGAUAUAGUAUCACAGUUUGUACAAUAUCUAAGUUUAGUCACUCUGACAUUAUCUCAGCGGAGGGGAGUGUGUCUAAUUCAGAAUGAUUAUUUUUGAUAUUAUUUUAUUAAUAUAGAAACGAUUAGUGUUGUGGUGUAGUCUUGAUAUAAGCUGGACUUGUACCUCAUUUUCCAUUUUUGUUUUGGAUACAGAAUGCUGUACGGAUAGUGUUUGCCAAGGUGCUUUGUUACUUGUGAAUUGUGCCUCCGCAGUCAGUGCUUGUCAGGCAGUGGACAGAGGGUCAGUAAAGCAUCAUUUUAAUAUUGGGGGGGAGGGAGGUGGGGAAUAAAGGCCAAUAUAUUCAAGAAUUCUAAUGAAGGAUAAUCCCUUAAACUUUGCCUUCAAUAAUAUUUAUCUGCAUCAAAACUUAUGAAGAAUGAAGUGCCUAUACAGUUUUGAUGCCCUUCUCAUUAAUUUUGUAUGAAGUUUUCUGCUCAGUUAUUUCACGCAGUUCUGAUCAUAUAAGUGUUGCAAAGUAUGUGUGUCAGGGGUAAGUGGUUUUGUGCGUGCACUGCAGGAAUGGAAUGUUUUUAAUGUAUGUGUUGUGUGCAGAGAUGUGGCUUCUGUAAUGUGUAUGUUUGGGGCUGCAGUUAGCAGUGUGUGUUAUGACCAUACCAGCUGUGCUGUGGAUGGGUGUUUUAAUAUUGUUAGUUCAUGUGCCCAUUGUUAGCACUGCUUCCAUGAACAAAAACAUAAAAAAAUUCCCAACCAUGUGAGAGAUGAGCACCUUCACCCUCUCAUUAAAGAAUAUGAAGGAUUUCUUCUUUUUUCCCAAUGCGUGUCUUGGCAGGUGUUUUUUUUAAUGGACAAAAAUAUCCCCAACAUGAAUGAAUGCCUCAUUUUAUCACCAUUUUGGAACAGAUUUUUUCUGCAAAGCUGUGACUCAGGCCCAGAGUUGUUGUAGUCCAUUAUAACCCCUGUAAUGACGUAAUAUUCUAUCAUAUACCUUCCAUAACAAUUAAUUUAAGCAGUGUACUCUGCUCACUUCUAGAAUAUGCUUGAGAUUGAAAUAAAUUAAAAAUUUACCUGCUAAUCUGAAAUGUUUAAUUGUGUACUAAUGUUGAUUCAGUUAUGUGUGAAAGCUGUUGGUUCUACCCCAAUCUCAAGCAAUUUUUCUUGUUUCCAAUUUCAUUACUGGCUGGGUCAUAGUUGCAUUUUAUUAUGCCCUGCAACUAAAUUGUAAACACAUUGGUCAAUGUCAAAAUGAUUUUAUUUGCUGUUUUACAGUAUAUCCAUCUCUUCUGCCCUCUCUCCACUACUGUAUCCAUUAACUGAUCUCAGAGUUCUAAUGAAAAAUGAAUAACACUGAACCGAAGAGGGCUUGGCUGUCAGAAAAGCAUUUCCUGUUCUGUAGUCACAUUCCUAUCUGAUAGUGAUUGCAGUGGGUGUGGUCAGAGACUGAAGUUGCUGGUAGGAAGGAAAUGACUUAUUUUCUUAUUUUAUAUGUGUCAUUAAGUAUCACAAUUGCAUAGUAAGUGUAGCAGGUGUGCUAUAGAGACCCUUGACACAAAAUGGUAUCCGGAACAACUUUAGUGGAAUAGGACCCAGCCUCCAGGCAAAAACUCAUUAACCUUAAUGGCAAAGGACUGGAGGAGUGUUUAACAAUACCUCCUUCCUCUGUUUUCUCUGAAAACUGUAGCACUACUCACAAAUGCCUGUGAAUUCUGCUGUGGCAAGCCAGGUCCAGGCUGUCUACAGGGUCACACACACACACACACAAAAACACACACACACACACACUACCUGUUUCUCCUCUGUGCACUGUAUCAUAUGGGUGAGGGAGACCACAACAGAUUAUCUAUGGUUCACUAUUUUGCCUGCUAAAUUUCAGCUGUGUAUGUCUGGUCUGGCUUAAGUCUGAGCGUGUUUGCAUUCGAGACAGACUCGUGUUUGAAGUGGGGCAAAGGCUGGCUGGGAUGGUUCUCUGUCACCUUUGUUUUUGGCUUUGAGAGAAUUGUGCUAUGCAUCAGCCACUCCUGCCCCCAUAUUUCAGGGUUUGGAAACUGGUGAUUGCGUCAGUACUUUCUUUAGGAGGGACAGCUGGACUGUAUUCAUCCUUUGUUUUGUGGAGCACGCCUUCCAAACCUGUGGUUAAGCAACCAAGCCUCCACCAUGAAUGUGCCUCCCUGAACUCCUCAAGGAGAUCAGAAAAAAAAAAUUGUGACACUUCAUUUAACAUCUACAUUUUUCUUUGCAUAUUUUGUAAAGUACUGAAGGUCAAAAAUCUAGCUCCCUCUGUAAUCUUGCAAGACAGUGUUUUUACUGAAAAUGAAUUUCAGAUCGUUCAAACGCUGUGCAUCAUUCAGACAGCCCAUGCUUACAGUGUGGACCCCAUUUUGUGAGUUUUUGUUUGUGUUACAGAAACAUGUUUACAUUGUUAAACUACUAUAUGUGGUAUUGUGAAUUGCUUCAUAUUAACAUAUGUUGAAGUCUUAUUAAAAAAUAAAUGAAGGCAUUAAAGAUUAAA